CUGUCAGACAGACGAAUCCUCUCAGGGUCAGAGUUUGCCGGUUGCUCUUCUCUUGCUGUGCCAGACACAUCCACAUUCAUGACUAGAUUUGUAAAAUAUUACUAAUGGUUUACAUGAUUUUACUUGUCUGGAACACGGGUCUGAUGGCAUUCACAAUGAACAUAAAGCCUUGCAUAGCUUGUGUUUGGUCAUUUGUGCUUAUUCACCCCAAACUGCCAGAGAACUUUACUGUAAGAUAACAAACGACAGCACGCACAAAAGUUUGUGUAUCAGCGUGUUUGAAGGUUAAUCACUGGACUUAAAACAACACAUAUUAAAGACACUUAAACUUUUUUGAUUAUGAAAAACCUAAGAUCAAUUUUAUGUCCUUUUCUUUCUCAAGAACUUAAAAGUUUGAGCAAGAGUGAGGUCAUCAUUGUGAUGAUGCGGCUUCCUCUUUUUCAGUUUCCUCGAAAUACAAAAUUAGACACGCAGCUCUUCUAUUUUCCCUCUCAACAUUAGUCAGUCUCAAGUGUUAGCUAUCAGAUUGAGAAACGUUAUGGAAGAGGCUGGUAAGUCUUCUGUAUGAAACCAAUGUCAUGUCAUGAGUCAACAUGUCGUUAAAAUUAAAUUAAAAUGUUACCCGUUUCGCUAACAUUUUCUCGUCACUCACAUUUGUAACUUGCUCUUUCCUUACUAAGACUGGAGAUUGCUUUGGACCUUGAGACUGAAGGUACGUAAAACUUCUCAUUAAAGGAAGCAAAUUUUGAAGAAGUACUGAAAUCCCUUGAGCUCGGACAAUGAAUUCUAUUUUCUAAAGCAUAAAUAUAGAAUGUUUUAUGUAAAAUACUAAUCAGGUAAGUGACAAAAGAGCAGCUGUGAAGCACUUGAUUUCCUUCCAAAAUGCAGUAGAUCAAAAGUAGCUGAAGGAAAUACUCAAGUACUCCAAGUUCUUGUUCUUGGAGUCCUUGAGUUGCCCUUGAACAACAAUGAUUGUCACUGUUGUAAAAGCCAUUAAAACCAGGGCAAUGUUGGAAUUUCUAAUUUGUUUUUCUGUAUAUUUCUUACUGUUUACAAUGGCACUGUCAGUUAGCAGCUUGUUGUUGGAGUUCUACCUACACAGGUCGAACGCUUGAUUGUUGAAAAUCUGGUUCAGAAAUGUUUAAAAUCGGGUUACAAACUCGCAAAUUCCUGAACCCAGUUGAAAACAGGCUCAGUGGGCAUCACAGGGAUAGAAAACCUUGAAGUGGACACAGUACAGAAAUGUACCUAUGAAGAAAAAACACUGAAUUUAACAUUACAGCCAGUGAAAAGUGCAAAAAAUUAGCUAUUUUCAAAAAGUCAUGAAAUGAUGGAGUUGAAAAACAAAACCUUUUGUUGGUUGUUUUUAAAGGAUUGUCCUGGGUUAAGAAUAUGCAGUGUGAAAAGCCCUUAACAUGGUAAAAACUCUUCUGUAUGAGUAAUGCUUUCUACAUUACUUUCUUCUUUCAUCCUCUUCAGAUGUACAUUGUUGAACAACAAUAAUCUCCCCCUCCAAGUGACAGAAGAUAUUGAACAAAACAACCAAACUUCACCAUGCGAGCCACAGGAAGUUGUCCUCUGUUUCUUGUUUUUCUUCUCUCUUUCCUGCUUCAUCUUCAUCUUUCACUGGCUUUUUCACUGAAAAACUGCAUGAUUGUCUUUCCUGAAAGUCCAAAUAAUCUGACGGUUUUGUGCAAAAAGCGUGACCUCACGGUUAUUCCAGAUGACAUUCCCAUAAACGUGACAUCACUAGAUCUGAGCACAAAUCAUAUUUUGAAGAUCACCAACACAGAUCUGAGAUGUUUAUCAAAGCUCAUGUCUGUACGAGUUAACUUUAACUCGAUUUCACACGUUGAUGACGGAGCUUUCGUCGACUUGACUGAGUUAAGGACCCUGAGCAUGAGUAACAAUAAACUCACAAACCUGACAGACAACAUCUUUAAAGGGCUCUUCAAACUGGUCACACUUACUCUGUCCAGUAACCAGAUCUCAUACAUCUCCCCGAGGGCCUUUCAGUCCCUGGUCAGCAUACAGAGCGUAGAGCUCAAUAACAAUCGCCUACAUCGAAUUACACACAUUACUCCGAUCUUAAAACUACCAACUUUACAUAAAUUGUCCAUUUCUUGCAAUGAGUUCGCCUCUUUUCGAUCAGAUGACCUGCCUCUUCAUGUCUCAAACCUGAGGUCUCUGGAGCUAGAUAUGAACCCAGUGAGGAAGUUCAGCAUUAGGAAGGACAUCUUUCCUCAUCUGCAGUUUCUCAGUCUGUGCAGUUAUGGACGUGAGAUGGAGUGGGACGUAGCAAACAAGACCUUUCUGAGGAGCGUAACUAGUUUGUCACUGAGACAAGCUGAUGUUAGCUUUCAGCCGUACAGCGCAGUGCUGCAGACCACUGAAUCACUACAAGUACUUCAUCUGAAAUUCAUGAAGACAUUGAUAGAAAAAGGUCUCAUAGACAUUGCCUGCCAAAUCCCCUCUCUAAGACUUCUUAGUGUGGCAUUUAGUGAUAUUCACACCAUCAACGAUACGCUGCUGCGAUCUUGUUCUCAAGUAACUGAACUUGGUUUCUCUUAUGAUACCCUGUCAGAGCUGUCUGAGCAUUCAUUCAGAUCAAUGACACGGCUCAGAUUUCUCUCACUGAACGGUAACGAUCUGUCUCAAGUGCCACUUGCCCUCCGAGGACUCUCCACACUGGAAAUGGUGGAUCUGAGCUUCAACUUCAUCAGUGAUCUCGACUGUCACGGCUUCCUGAAUUUGACAAAACUUACAAAACUUAAUCUCAAACACAAUCGCAUUUCAAAACUUCAUGGAUGUGUUUUUAAGUAUCUGACCAAUUUGAAUGUCCUGAAUAUUGAAGAUAAUUCUGUUUACAAGUUUUACAGUGCCUUCAAAAUUAAUUUACGUAAAUUAGAAUCUUUGAAUUUGCACAAUCAUCAUCUUCUGAACAUCAUGCAAGGAGACUUUGUGGGUCUGUCUUCCCUCCGUGUUUUGGAUUUAGAAUCUGACACAGAUGCGGCGGUGGAGGAUGGGGCCUUUGAAGGACUAGAUAAUCUCCAAACUCUUAGUGUUUCACUCGGUAGUUACAGAACAGAGCUUUUCAUAGGAAUACCACAAUUAGAAAAUCUCACACUCCAUCUUACCUAUGACCUUAACCAGAGGAGCUUUCUACAAAAAGAUGAUGCACCUUUCUCAAAUUUACCCUGCCUGAAGAAGCUUGUACUCAAAGUUUAUGACCAACGUCAAGAAGUUGUUUCACCAGAUCUGCUCAAAGGUCUGAAAUCACUUGAGUAUUUCACAGCUGAGAAGUUCUUAAUAAGAUCAUUGCACCCAGACACAUUUAAAUACACUCCUAAACUAAAGGAUCUUCAUAUAGUCGACAGCGAUCUGUCAGAUUUAACCCCUGAACUGUUCUGGCCAAUCCCAAACCUGCAGACGCUCGACCUCUCCAACAAUAACUUCAGGUCUUUGGAUUUCCUGGCCAGGGCCAACCUGGCAGCACUCAGCUGGCUGAAAAUCAGUGAGAAUGAGUUGUCAUCUAUAAACGAGACAGUCUUCCAAUCCCUCCCUGCCUUGAUGUAUCUGGACCUGACUGGUAACCCUUUAGCAUGUGAAUGCUCUAACGCUGGCUUCAACCAAUGGGUGCAGAGCAACAACCAGACACAGGUCGUCAACGGCCACCAGUACACUUGUGCCUUUCCUCUGAGCCAACAGGGAAACAAGUUCCUGGACUUUGACGCACACUCCUGUUGGAUAGACGGCAGCUUUCUUUACUUCCUCUCUAGCACCUGUCUGGUUGUGUUUACUCUGCUUGCAUCCUUCAUCUACCACUUCCUCAGAUGGCACUUGGCCUACUCCUACUACCUCUUCUUGGCCUUCCUCUAUGACAAGAGGAGGAAGGCCUCGCCUCACCACUACGAUGCUUUUGUCUCCUACAACAUUCACGAUGAGGCCUGGGUCUACAGGGAGAUGCUUCCAGUCCUGGAGGGGGAGCAAGGCUGGAGACUGUGUCUGCACCACAGAGACUUUGAACCAGGUAAGCCCAUCGUGGAGAACAUCACAGACGCCAUCUAUGGCAGCAGGAAGACCAUCUGCGUGAUCAGCCGGCACUACCUGCAGAGUGAGUGGUGCUCCAGGGAGAUCCAGAUGGCCAGCUACCGUCUGUUUGAUGAGCAGGAGGACGUGUUGAUCCUGCUGUUCAUGGAGGACAUCCCGGCCCAUCAGCUGUCUCCGUACUACCGGAUGAGGAGUCUGGUGAAGAGACGCAGCUACCUGAGCUGGCCACAAGCCGCUCAACACACCGGAGUCUUCUGGGAGAACAUACGGCGAGCUCUGGACACAGCUGACAGACCCGCUGACAACAGGCACCUCCUCACCGGACGCCCAGACUUCAUCUAGUGGAGGUUUUUAUUUGACUCGGAAGUCCAAAAAUUACAAAUGGAAAACAAGAAUGUUAUUGUUUAAAUCAGUAGCGUUUACAAAUAGUUGUAUCUCCAAAACACUUUGGCCCAAUCCCAUUUCCCAGUUUUACCCCCACCCCUCAUUUUAAGGUUAGUGGUUUCAAGAGCUUCACCGUUCAUUAGUUACAUUAACGACCAGACUUUUCCAACAUGGCGUCCUCCACUGUGCUGAAUUCUCCCAUGUUACCGUGGCAAUCCUAUUAUCACAAUGCCACUCUGAUGGAGAUGGACAAGACUUUCACAACUUCAGGCUCAAUCAAGUCGUCAAAUUAAAAUUAACACUGCUUGCUACAGGUUGCAAAUGUUAGCAGUGCUUUAUAGGCUAACAUUAGCAAACUUCACCGCCACUAAGAGUCUUACUGCACAAUUACUAUCCAGGUUUUCUAUAAACUGAUCAAUGUACAAGUUGUAAAGUCAGAGUUAGAACAGUGUGGAACUAAAGUGGCCUGUAAAGACGGACUAGUGAGUAGAUGAGUCUCCGUGUUCGCUGUGAGGACGUUUAAUGUCCCCGACAACCUCUGUAGUCUCAUUCAGACACUCGUUAGUAGCAGCUAACUGUUGUUAACACAUGAAGAGCUUCAGGAUUAAACUGUGAGACAUUUAAUGAUGGAUUUUAUGUCAUAGAACAAAACAUGUGAACGAAUUUCAGACUUAAAAACAAUCACAGACUUGUGUGUGAAAUUGUGGGAUUGUCAUAAAACAAAUCGGCAAUAACAAUGUAACGUUAGCGAGCUAGCUAGCAUCAGCAAACUAGUUGUGAUUGUUUUUAUAUUGCUUGUCAUAAUUAAAAUGGACUGUGAUACAUUAAACUGAAAGUCAGUUGUCAUAACUGGUGGUCGACUGAU